AUGUUGGUCUGUCCGUCUGCUAGUGUAGUCUGUCUGUGGGCGUCCGUCUGCUAGUGUAGUCUGUCUGGGCGUCCGUCUGUCACCUGCUAGUGUAGAGUCAUGUUUUACUUGGUCAUAGAUAUUUCUAGAAUCUCUGUCACUGACUUUCUGUUUCUCUCCCCCUCUCGCGCUCUCUCCCCCUCUCGCUCUCUCUCUCCCCCUCUCUCUCCCUCUUUCUCAGACUGGUGAGGCUGUGAGCGAGAAGUGUGAGAGACAGAAAGAGAGAGAGAGAGAGGAGUGGUCGUCAUGGCAGCUGAGGCGCAGAGACAGCGUUCUCUCUCUACGUCAGGAGACUCGCUCUACCUGGUCCUGGGGAUCGACAAGAACGCCACGCCAGAGGACAUCAAGAAAUCGUACAGGUAACUAUAUACACCACUACACCAGGACACAACAUAUUACAGCACACCGUUACUACACAGAACCACUAGCCACGGCAGAGGACAUCAACAAGUCCUACAGGACUAGCCACAGGACACAACAUAGAGAGAAUGGACUUAUUUGCAUGGCAGUGCUAGCUGUGCCACUAGAGAUCCUGGUUCGAAUCCAGGCUCUGUCGUAGCCGGCCGCGACCGGGAGACCCAUGGGGCGGCUCACAAUUGGCCCAGGGUAGGGGAGGGAAUGGCCGGCAGGGAUGUAGCUCAGUUGGUAGAGAAUGGCGUUUGCAACGCCAGGGUUGUGGGUUCGAUUCCCACGGGGGGCCAGUAUGAAAAAUAAAAAUAAUGUAUGCACUCACUUAACUGUAAGUCGCUCUGGAUAAGAGCGUCUGCUAAAUGACUAAAAUGUAAAAAUACUCAAUGUUAUUUUAACAUAGUUCACUGUGAGACGAGUUCCACUAGAGUUCAACAGAGAGCUGUGGCGUGCUGCUAUUGCGGAACUACACUGAGUGUACAAAACAUUAGGAACACCUCCUCUUUCCAUGACAUAUUGACCAAGUGAUCCAGGUGAAAGCUAUGAUCCCUUAUUGAUGUCACUUGUUAAAUCCACUUCAAUCAGUGUAGAUGAAGGGGAGGAGACAGGUUAAAGAAGGAUUUUUAAGCCUUGAGACAAUUGAGACAUGGAUUGUGUAUAUGUGCCAUUUAAGGGGUAAAUGGCAGUGGUGUAAAAAAUACUUUAAAGUACUACUUCAGUAGUUUUUUUGGGUAUCUGUACUUUACUUUACUAUUAAUAUUUUUGACAACUUUUACUUCACUACAUUCCUAAAGAAAACAAUGUACUUUUUACUCCAUACAUUUUCCCUGACACCCAAAAGUACUCGUUACAUUUCGAAUGCUUAGCAGGAUAGGAAAAUCGUCUAAUUCACACACUUAUCAAGAGAACAUCCCUGGUCACCCCUACUGCCUCUGACCUGGCGGACUCACUAAACACAUGCUUCGUUUGUAAAUUAUGUCUGAGUGUUGGAGUGUGACCCUGGCUAUCCGUAAAUAAACAUUUUAAAAACAAGAAAAUGGUGCCAUCUGGUUUGCUUAAUAUAAGUAAUUUGAAAGAAUUUAUACUUUUACUACUUAACUAUAUUUUAGCAAUUACAUUUACUUUUGAUACUUAAGUAUAUUUAAAACCAAAUACUUUUAGACUUUUACUCAAGUAGUAUUUUACCGGGUGACUUUCACUUUUACUUGAGUCAUUUUCUAUUAAGGUAUCUUUACUUUUACUCAAGUAUGAUAAAUUGGGUACUUUUUCCACCACCGGUAAAUGGGCAAGACAAAAGAUUGAAGUGUCUUUGAAUGGGGUAUGGUAGUAGGCCCCCCUUUAGCUCAUUUGGUAGAGCAUGGCGCUUGCAACGCCAGGGUUGUGGGUUCGUUUCCCACGGGGGGGCCAGUAUGAAAAAUUUACGCACUCACUAACUGUAAGUCGCUCUGGAUAAGAGCGUCUGCUAAAUGACUAAAAUGUAAAAUGUUCCUGGCGCACCGGUUUGUGUCACCCAAAGGACAUCCAGCCAAUUUGACAUGACUGUGGGAAGCAUUGGAGUCAACAUGGGCCAGCAUCACUGUGGAACGCUUUCAACACUUUCUAGAGUCCAUGCCCCGACGAAUUGAGGCUGUUCUGAGGGCAAGAGGGGGUGCAACUCAAUAUUAGGAAGGUGUUCCUAAUGUUUUGUACACUCAAUGUAAAUUUAUGUGAUAGGACUGAAGUGAUGGUGUUAAAUCAGGGUUCUAGGACUAUAGAAUGGGGGGAUAUUUGGCACACACACACCAGUCAUAACGUCUUCCUGUUCUCUGUCCAAUCAGGAAACUGGCUCUGAAGUUCCACCCAGACAAGAACCCAGACAACCCCGAGGCUGCUGAUAAGUUUAAGGAGAUCAACAACGCCCACGCCAUCCUGAACGACUGUACCAAGAGGAACAUCUAUGAUAAGUACGGCUCCCUGGGACUCUAUGUGGCCGAACAGUUUGGAGAGGAGAACGUCAACACCUACUUUGUCCUCUCCUCCUGGUGGGCUAAGGUAAGACCACGUCUGUGUGUGUGUUGUGUUUGGAGAGGAGAACGUCAACACCUACAUUUAGAGAUAGAUGUGCCGUUAUGAUGGAGUCCCCAGUACAUGUACUGAUGUGGAGUUAUGAUGGAGUCCCCAGUAAAUGUUAUGAUGGAGUCCCCAGGAAAUGUAGUGAUGUGGCGUUGUGAUGGAUCUCGAUUCCCACCUCUUACCUCUCGACUCUCACCUCUUACCUCUCGACUCCCUCCUCUUACCUCUCGAUUCCCACCUCUUACCUCUCGACUCUCACCUCUUACCUCUCGACUCUCACCUCUUACCUCUCGACUCUCACCUCUUACCUCUCGACUCCCACCUCUCGACUCCCACCUCUCGACUCCCACCUCUUACCUCUCGACUCCCUCCUCUCACCUCUCGACUCCCUCCUCUUACCUCUCGACUCCCUCCUCUUACCUCUCGACUCCCUCCUCUUACCUCUCGACUCCCUCCUCUUACCUCUCGACUCCCUCCUCUCGACUCCCUCCUCUCACCUCUCGACUCUCGACUCUCACCUCUCGACCUCUCGACUCCCACCUCUCGACUCCCACCUCUCGACUCCCUCCUCUUACCUCUCGACUCCCACCUCUUACCUCUCGACUCCCACCUCUCACCUCUCGACUCACACCUCUCGACUCACACCUCUCGACUCACACCUCUCGACUCCCACCUCUCGACUCCCACCUCUUACCUCUCGACUCCCACCUCUUACCUCUCGACUCCCACCUCUUACCUCUCGACUCCCACCUCUCACCUCUCGACUCCCACCUCUCACCUCUCGACUCCCACCUCUCGACUCCCACCUCUCACCUCUCGACUCCCGACUCUCGACUCCCACCUCUCGACUCCCACCUCUCGACUCCCACCUCUCGACUCUCACCUCGACUCCCUCCUCUUACCUCUCGACUCCCUCCUCUUACCUCUCGACUCCCACCUCUCGACUCCCACCUCUCGACUCCCACCUCUCGCCUCUCGACUCCCACCUCUCGACUCUCGACUCCCACCUCUCGACUCUCGACUCCCACCUCUCGACUCUCGACUCCCACCUCUCGACUCUCGACUCCCACCUCUCGACUCCCGACUCUCGACUCCCACCUCUCGACUCCCACCUCUCGACUCCCACCUCUCGACUCCCACCUCUCGACUCCCACCUCUCGACUCCCACCUCUCGACUCUCACCUCUCGACUCUCACCUCUACCUCUCGACUCCCACCUCUCACCUCUCGACUCCCUCCUCCCACCUCUCGACUCCCUCCUCUCGACUCUCACCUCGACUCCCUCGUCUUACCUCUCGACUCCCACCUCUUACCUCUCGACUCCCACCUCUCGACUCCCACCUCUCGACUCCCACCUCUCGACUCCCACCUCUCGACUCCCACCUCUCGACUCCCACCUCUCGACUCUCACCUCUCGACUCCCUCCUCUUACCUCUCGACUCCCUCCUCCCACCUCUCGACUCUCACCUCUCGACUCUCACCUCUCGACUCUCACCUCUCGACUCUCACCUCUCGACUCCCACCUCUCGACUCCCACCUCUCGACUCCCACCUCUCGAUUCCCACCUCUUACCUCCUUCCAUCUCCCUGACGGUCUCCUCUGUCUGCAGGGCCUGUUCAUCUUCUGUGGCUUGGCGACUGGCUGCUACUUCUGCUGUUGUUUGUGUUGCUGCUGUAACUGCUGCUGUGGGAAGUGUAAACCACGGCCGCCCAUGGACCAGGAACCAGAGUUCUACGUCUCCCCUGAAGACCUGGAGGCACAGAUGCAGUCUGACGAGAGAGGUGAGGAGUUUAAUCAAUCAAUCAAUCAACCAACCAAUCAAUCAAUAGAACUAGAGAUGAGUGGUGAGAGCUUAAUCAACCAAUAGAACUAGAGGUGAGAGAGCUUAAUCAACCAAUAGAACUAGAGGUGAGAGAGCUUAAUCAACCAAUAGAACUAGAGGUGAGAGAGCUUAAUCAACCAAUAGAACUAGAGGUGAGAGAGCUUAAUCAACCAAUAGAACUAGAGGUGAGAGAGCUUAAUCAACCAAUAGAACUAGAGAUGAGAGAGCUUAAUCAACCAAUAGAACUAGAGGUGAGAGAGCUUAAUCAACCAAUAGAACUAGAGGUGAGAGAGCUUAAUCAACCAAUAGAACUAGAGAUGAGAGAGCUUAAUCAACCAAUAGAACUAGAGAUGAGAGAGCUUAAUCAACCAAUCAAUUAUCAAUAGAACUAGAGAUGGAGAGACUGUUACAGAGGCCUUUGUUUAAAUCAAAGAAUUUCAGGGUAACAAUGAAAGUACCCUACUGUGAUUGUUUUCUAUUAAAAUGGUCAAAAAUCAACAAAAAUAGCUUCUUAGCAAAGAUACAUUUCUCAAGCAAGACUUUUGCUAGUACUGUCUGGGAGUGGUCUGAGUGGGGAGGGGAAAACUGAAAAUUAGCUGUUAUUGGCAGAGAGGUUUGGAACUCUUUUUCUUAUUGGUCUAUUAACUAAUUUACCACCUGGUGAUGUCACCAGGCAGGCCAAAUCUCCAUCCUACCAAAACAAGCUGAAAUCUCAGUCAGUCUUUUCAAACAGCUCUUACACUAAAAUGGCAUUUUCACCAUUUCACAGUAUUAUUCCAACCUCAGUGUGGAAAUAUAUAUAAAACACAGGAAAAUCACGUUUUUGACUGCACUAGUCCUUUAAGUAGAGUGGAUUUUCACUUGGUUGAAUGAAGGGAAGACCGAUAGAGGGGAUUUGAUCCCAGGCAGGCAAGGGAACUGUACAUUAGAACAGAUGAACUCUGGUCCGUCCCCUGCAACCUGGGCCUGUGGGUUGGUCAUGCAGUUAACGCUUCCUGCCUGUCACACAGUUAUUUCGAUUGGUAACGUGUGUGUGUGUGUGUGUGUGUGUGUGUGUUGUUCCCCCAGACGUUGGUGGUGACCCCAUCAUGGUGCAGCCGUCCGGAACAGAGACCACCAGGCUGACGUCAGACAGCCACUCCAGCUACCGGACCGACACUGGAUACAACUAA